AUGGCGACUCCAAUAACACGAGCACCCAGCGAAGAUGACCUCUCGUCGCCCGAUCCCCUCAACGAUAACCUCUCGUCAGCCCUCUACCCGUCGACAAAUCGCGUGACCCGAAGCCAGCGGUCCCAGCGAUUGUUCUCCGUCGGUGGCCCCGGAACGUCGCCUAGAAAGCAGAUGUUCGAGCUCGAGGUCGGAGACAAUCGCAAGCCGCAACGCCUACUAGUUACCGUUGAAGCCGAGGACGAGUACGAGAAUGUCGGGCGCAGACUAUUCAACGCGCAAACACCCAGCCUCAGGAGAGGCACGACUACAACCACGAUUCCGCUCGGCGGCGAUAAGAGAGCCACGGCGAUCAAGACCCCGGCGCGGAGGGGUCGUCCACCCAAGAAUGCGACGCCGGGACCCAGCGGCGCAGGUACCGGCACCACAACGAGAAAGAGGAAGGGAACACCGAGGGGGACGCCCAGACCGGCGCGCAAACCCAAGAUUGGAGACUCGGACGAUCUGAAUUCAGACAUGACCAUUCCUCAAGGCACGCCGAAAUCCAUAAUGCGCCGCCCACGCGGUUCUAGUCGCCAGGGUUCCACGGAUCCUGCGCCUUCGACAACGCGGCGCCGCGGCAGGCCAAGAAAGGUCGAUUUCAAACCCGACGAAACUAUUCAUACGAUUGAGGACUUCGACCAGGUUGUCCCGCCAUCGGACGAUGUUCUUGCGGCGGGCAUGCAACAGAUGGAUGUGGACUCCACCCCGGCGCGGGAGCAACCGACGGAGAACGUACCAGAGUCUGAUGGGGAUAUCUGGAUGGCAACGAUGGAUGAUGAGACAACCCCGCGGCCGAGGAAUCAUGGAGACACGAGCCAACGGCGCAUCUCGUCCCCCUCCCAUCCCAAAAAGAGCCCGACACCGUUUGAUUCCGACGAUGGCAACGAACCCGCUUACGAUAACUACGACUUUGGCCCAGGACCGGCGAGCGAUAUUUCUUCUCUAGUCGGCGACGAUGCUCAUCCCAGCAGUGGCUCUCGCGACCGAGAUAUGGACACCGUCGCCCAGGGCGAAGACUUCAGCAUGAUCUUUGCGAACUCGAUCCCGUCACUUAAGAGUAGUAUGGGCGUGCAAGCAUCCGGCCCGGAAGACUUUGGCGACGAAACAAAUAUGAUUAUUAACCAGACUCUGGAAUCGCUAAGGCAGAGUGGCGCUUUGCGCCCGGACGACGAAGACGAGGAGGAUGAGGUUGUGGGCAUUCCCACCCAGCAGGCGGAAGAGUCUAGAAUGGAGGUCGAACGUGACGUGACGCUUCAUACCUCGCCAUCGACUAGGAUAGAAGCUCUCAUGGACUCCUUGGUCGACAACUCUGUCGACAUCAAUAAUGAGACGAUCCCCGAUGUGACUGGCGAAGUCAACGUUGAGUCCAUCGUCGAUAUGAGCGCUGUCACCCACUCACCCGUCGAUCUCCCAUCCCUGCCAACUCCCAGGCUUCGCGCACCUUCGUCGGCUGCAGGAAGCGAUGGCACGCCCAGCAAGGGCAAUCAGUCGCCUACCUGGAUCCGGAGCAGCCCUCGCCGCAAGUCUAUCCCGCUGGGUAGGAAGCUCCUCGAGUCCAAGGCACGCCAAAUGGAUGACUCCUUUUCCAGCAUUCCCUCCAAAAUUCUAGCCGCUGCGACACCUGCCAAGAAGACCUCUAGGCGAAGCUCGACCUCAAGACGAAGUUCGGGUGUGAGACGAAGCUCGAUGGCCAACGAGGAGGACUCUGCCGCGUAUGAGGAUGAUUUCUCCGAGAUCCCCGAAGAGUAUUUGGAGGCUGCUACCCCUGGCAGGACGCUGCAACGAGUGGAUGAGACCGAGGUCAACGAGGAAGAAGAUGCCGAAGUUGAGGCACAAGAGGACAGGGGUAUGGAGGAAGUUGAAUUGGCAGAGGAAGAGCCCCCAAAACCUUCUCCGACAAAAAGUGCCGACCGUUCGAAUGCGAAUGUAUUCACUCGCUCAGACUCGAGCAGAAUGCUCACGCCGGACGACACUCUAUCUUCUAAUGAAGUUCCUGUCCCUGACUCCGAUGGCAAAACCAUCGAUGCGCCUCAAACUUCUCCUUUGGCCGAGCAGUCUCAAUUGCCGGGAGAUACGAGCAAGGUCAGGAGUGAGGGCAGAAGCAGAAGCAGAAGCUCUUCUUCUGCAGCAGGGCAACAUCAUCUGCCUGCUGAGAGCUCUCCCCUCGUUUCGCAUUGUUACCUGCCUGAACAGAGAAGCUCUUCUCCCAUGGCUGAGGAGACUUUCCUGCCUGAUCAGCCAAGCUCCCCUAUAGCUGAGCAAACUUUCCUCCCCGAUCAGCGAAGCUCUUCUCCAGUGGCUGAACAAACCCAUCUACCCGAGGGGAGUUCUCCCCCAGUUGUUGGCCAAUCUCAUUAUCCAGAGCGUAGUUCUUCUCCUGCAGCCGAAGAGGCGGACGAACCCGUGGCGCCUCCUGAGAAGAAUGCUGUGAGGAGGAACUCAGUUCGAAGCUCUUCGCUUCCCGUUGGAGACCUGACGACAAACUUGCCUCGUACGGCGAACGAAUACAUUACACCAGUAGGCCCGGCCUCAUCGCCCAUUCCGGCGCCUGCCGGCAACCUCUUAGCACCUCGUGCGCCAUCGCCCGAGGCCGGCUUCCGCCCAACCCUGUCGCCAAUAGUCCGGGCCGGCCGAGCUCUACAGAGCGUCACAUCAGAUGCCUCGUCUCCUCCUCGCCAGAACUCGCUCGGCAGCCCGUUCAGACCGACUACUAGUAGCAGUCAGCUUCAGCCUCAAUCCGCCUCCAAGCCAAGAAACAGCUGGACCCAGCCACUUUCCAACUUGAUCCAGGCAGGCGCUCAGUUCUUCCAGUCUCCCACCAGGCUCUUGGCGCACCCAUCAGUGCCGCAAUCAGUAAAUCAAAGCCAACCCCCGUACGAGGAUCCUUUCGGUGCCGAAGAUAGUCAUAUCGGCCAGCCGAGCUUCAUGGAGGCCCUGGCAAAGAGUGUACGGUCCUCGUCGCCGAGCAGGGCGACAGCACGUCCUAGGUCAAUGUCGGGAUCUCUCCGUGCUGCGCCGGCCGACGAGGCCGAUGAGAUGAGUUGGAUGCAGGAAGAGCCUGCUCCUCGCGAGCAGCCAUUUGCUCCGUCGCGAUCUGUCAACUCCAGCAUGGACGCAAUCGGCAACUCGUUCGGCAGCCAACAGCGCAGCUUUGAAGCUCGACCAAACCUUGAGGCCCAGCGCAGCUUCGAGUCUCAGCCUGGCUUUGAGCGUCAGGACUACGAUGCCGGUGACGAAACCGAGGUUGAAGAACAGGAGCCAGAGGAAGAGGAAGAGCCUGAGGAGGAUUAUGCGGAAGAAGAGGAGGACGAUGACAUCUGGGCAGUUGAGGCUUCACGACCGGCUUCGCAGUCAAGCCGCCAGCGCGACUUUGGCAAGCAAUCCGUCCAAUCGAUCCCUGCCCGCCGCGCUGCCCCAAGCCCGUGGAAGAGAGGCCCCGAAUCACCAAAGAAGCCACCUGUGUUCACCCCAGCUGCGUCUCGUGUCCACGACUUGAUGGCUGAUGACGCUGAGAUUGAGGACUUUUCAAUGCUCUCUCAGCAGCGCAGUCGCCAGAAGCAAAUCCCGCACAAGGCCCUCAAUAUGGCUCAGCACUCGUCCGCUAAGAAGGACCUGUCUGCCUUCUUCUCAUCUCCGGCCCUCUUGCCCGGCACCGAGGGCGUUCGGGACAUCUUGGACGCGAAAAAGCGACAGAACGCCCUCGCUCAGAGGGACCUCUCACAGCCUGCCGAGCGCUUCCCUGGGGGACUAGAGACGAACUCGAUGUUCCCCUCCGUCCCGCAAAAGGCAUUCAACCCAUCCCAGAGUGGGCGAUCAGACCUCUUCUCUCCUGCAAAGUCAAGUGCCGUCAAGCCCGCCAGCGCUGCCAUAAACCCUGACGUUCAAAAUACCCGCCGGGAGCUCUUCGCCUCCAGCCGGAGCCGGCCCAACAUGCGCCAUCAGUCAGAGAUUCCCGACUCUCAGCCCGCAAUGUCGUCCGAGAUCUCCUUCCUCCCCGUCGCUCAGAAGCAGAACUUCACCCCGCGGUCAGGCCAGAAGACCAACAACCUCUUCGCCAAGGCCGCCGCCCCAGUUCCCUCCCUGACCCCGGUGCGUAUGCAGCUCACCCGCGCGGACAUCAAAAAGUGGCAGGAGGAUAGUGCCUCAGCCAUCGCAGAAGACAGUCCCGAGUCCCCGCGCCGCAGCAGCCUCCGCCCCCUGCCCGACAGGAACAUGUCACCUCCAAAGUCCUGCCUGCGCUCCCCCUUGAAGCCGCGCACGCCGGGAAGGGUCGUCGAGUUCACGAGCAGCGUGCUCUCCCCGCUCGCGCAGGCACAAGCUCGCGCCGAGCGGCGCAUGUCCGCCAGCUCCAACGGCAGCGCCGCGGGCCCCGCCGCGGUCGCCUUCGCGCCGCAGCGCAGCAUCACGGUUAUCGAGGAGGACAAGGAGAACGACGUGUCGGAAGAAAACGAGGAGAUGGACGUGUCCGUGACUGACGUGCCCCAAGCGGAUCUCAGCAACCCGCCCAAGCCCGUCGAGAAGCGUCUCUCCCAGACGAUGUGGUCCCGCGACCACUGGCUCUUGAUGGACGAGCUCAUCCACCUGCGCAGGCGGGGCCCCUUCAACUUCCGAUGGCCAGCCGGGUUUCAGUCGAAAUCAGGCUGGUUGCUGGGCAAGUCGGUCAACUCGCACGGGUCCAGUCUGCUUAUGGAGCAGUGGCACCUUGACGUUGUUGACGCCUUCAAGGCCGAGGUUGGCGGGUGGGAUGAGGAGGUGCUGGCCAAAAGGGCCUUUUCGUUGAUCGUGGGAGAGCGGCUCCGCAGGGAGCAGCGCGCGCCUAAAGCACCCUCGGUGAAGUUUGUUUAA